AUCUCCCCGCCCGCCUUCUCUCGAUUCUGACGAACCCCAUGGUCUCCGCCCGUGAUCCAAAACCCUAGAAAUCUCCAGCCUCCAACGAAACCCUAGACUCAAACCCUCCAUCAAUUCUUUCCCCCCUUUCCUUUGAUCGUCGCUGCCUUUGUUGCUCAUGGUUUGCGUGCUUUUUCCUUGAAGAUCUUGAUGAAGGCUUUGUAUUGAUUCGAGUCUUUAGAUAUGUAUAGGGAUCGAGGAGUGAACGGCUCAAAGCCGGAAGCCAGCCCUUUGGACAGGAAGAGGAUCAACAAUGUCCUUGAUAGGCACUUGGAGCGGGCCUCGUCGUCGACCACGAAGGGUUUGAAUGGUAAGGAGAAGGAGCGGCUCCCCCUGACGUUGCCUGCCGCUGGGAAGCGCCCGGACCACCGCGACCAGCAUCCUUCCCUUUCUAAGAACAAGUGCUCCGAGGACGAAUCUGAUACUGACAGUGAAGAGUCAGAUGUUAGUGGUUCUGAUGGAGAGGACACUUCUUGGAUUUCUUGGUUUUGUAACCUGAAAGGGAAUGAGUUCUUUUGUGAAAUUGAUGAGGAGUAUAUACAAGAUGAUUUCAACCUAUGUGGACUGAGCGGUCAAGUUCCCUACUAUGAUUAUGCUCUUGAUCUGAUAUUGGAUGUUGAAUCCUCCCAUGGUGAUAUGCUCACUGAGGAACAAAAUGAGAUGAUUGAGUCUGCGGCAGAGAUGCUGUAUGGUUUGAUUCAUGUCCGAUACAUACUAACUGGUAGAGGGAUGGCUGCAAUGCUAGAGAAGUUUAAGAACUAUGAUUUUGGAAGAUGCCCUAGGGUGCAUUGUUCCAGCCAGCCCUGCCUUCCAGUGGGUCAAUCUGACAUUCCUCGCUCGAGCACAGUAAAGAUAUACUGUCCCAAAUGUGAAGAUAUACAUUACCCAAGGUCCAAAUACCAAGGCAAUAUUGAUGGGGCGUAUUUUGGAACUACUUUUCCUCAUUUAUUUCUGAUGACCUAUGGGCACCUCAAUCCGCAGAAACCUUCUCAACAAUAUGUUCCAAGAGUUUUUGGUUUUAAAGUUAGAAAGACCUAAAAUUGAAGGUAAGGUUGACUGAGCAUAGCAUUUCCCUGGGCAGGUUGCUGCUCAUAUAUUGAAGGAGAUCAUCUGGAACGACGAGGACCCUGAUUUGCUACCGGUGUAUCUCAACCAUUCUGUUUUCCACACUUGCCCUCACCUAAGUUUGGUCCAUCUUUAUUAAAACUAUUUUAGGGCUGAGAUUUCUUUGCAAUUCAUUUUUAACCUAUUUUAUCAAUUUCAAUCUUGUCAUUCUUAUUCCACCCAUGAGUGUAUGCAAAUCCUGUUGAGUUGAUUGUCUUCCUUGCAUUGAAAUUAUUUCUUGUUGUAUUGAGUAUGCAUCCGGAAAAAAAAAAAAGAAAACCUAGGAAAUACUAUUGGUGCUUUCUUAAGCCCUUUUGC